AUGGACAUUGCCGCCCUUUUGACUUCGGCGGGAAUCAACAUAGCUUUGUGUGUGGUGCUUUUCACACUCUACUCUGUACUAAGAAAGCAGCCCAGCAAUAGGAUUGUGUACUUUGGUCGGAGGCUCGCGUCGGUGCAGUUGAGAAGCAAUAAUGACGAUCCUUUCUCCUUGGAGAGAUUUGUUCCGUCUACUAGUUGGUUGAUUAAAGCUUGGGAAGCAACUGAAGACGAAAUUUUGGCCGUUGGUGGGUUGGAUGGUGUUGUUUUCCAGAGAAUUCUUGUAUUCAGUAUCCGGAUUUUCUCGAUUGCGGCUGUCAUUUGCAUGUUUCUAGUUCUUCCAGUGAAUUACUAUGGAAAAGAAAGGCAACAUAAGCGGCUGGGCGCAGAAUCAUUGGAUGUUUUCACAAUUGGGAAUGUACAGGAAGGUUCAGUAUGGCUUUGGGCUCAUUGCCUUGCAUUGUACACAAUAUCCUGCUCAACUUGCGCCCUUCUUUACUUCGAAUAUAAGAGCAUCACCAAGAUGAGGCUGGCACACUUAAAAGGAUCUCAGACAAACUCUAGCCAUUUUACUGUGCUGGUUCGAUCAAUUCCAUUUGUUCCAGGAGAAUCAUACAGUGAUACACUUAAAAAAUUCUUCACCACGUACUAUCCAUCAAACUACUUGACUCACCAAAUGGUACACCACUCUGGUGUUGUUCAGAAAUUGAUGGAUGAGGCUGAGAGGAUGUGCAAGAUGCUUAGUGCUGUUUCAUCAGAUGGAGGAAGUUUAAGGCCAUUUUGUUUUUGUACUUCAAGUACACUUUCCUUUCACAUUCUCUCUGACCAACCAGAAAGUGUUGACCAACCAGAAAGUGUUGAUGGGAGCAUCAGAUAUUCUGAUUUUGAAGUUGCUCCACCAGAUAAUGAGUGUCCUGUUGCUUUUGUCUUCUUCAAAACUCGUUUUGCUGCUGUUGUCGCCACACAGAUGCUUCAGUCUACGAAUCCUAUGUUGUGGGUGACAGAACAAGCCCCUGAACCUCUCGAUGUUUUAUGGUCAAGCUUGUCUAUCCCGUACAAGCAGCUCUGGCUCCGAAAGAUAGCUACACUUCUGGCUGCUAUAGUGUUCAUGUUUCUGUUCCUUGUUCCAGUGACAUUUGUUCAAGGCUUGACUCAACUGGAUAAGCUAUCAAAGACUUUCCCUUUCCUGAGAGGGCUUUUGAAAAAGAACUAUAUAAAUCAUGUGGUGACAGGUUACUUGCCUAGUGUGAUCUUGAUGCUAUUUCUGUAUACCGUGCCACCAGCAAUGAUGCUAUUCUCUUCUAUAGAGGCACCCGUCUCCCGUAGUGGACGGAAAAAGAGUGCAUGCUUGAAAGUCUUGUACUUCACCAUCUGGAACGUGUUCUUUGUCAAUGUUCUCUCAGGGUCCGUUAUUAGUCAAAUAAAUGUCUUCUCCAGUGUAAGAGACAUACCUCUGGAACUUGCCAAAGCUAUACCCACGCAGGCAAGCUUUUUCAUGACCUACGUUUUCACAUCAGGCUGGACAGCUCUGGCUUGUGAACUAAUGCAGCUCUUCACAUUUGUCUGCAACCUGAUCAAGAAGUUCAUCCUCAGAAACCACGAAGAUGCACACGAUUGGCUUAUGUCCUUCCCGUACUAUACAGAAGUCCCGAGAGUUCUCUUAUUCGUACUCAUCGGCUUUACCUGUUCGAUCAUGGCACCUUUAAUACUUCCAUUUCUGCUGAUUUACUUCUUCAUGGCUUACCUCAUAUACAGAAACCAGAUGCUCAACGUGUAUAUAAAAAAAUACGACAGUGGUGGAUUGUUGUGGCCUGUCGUACACAAUACGACGGUGUUUUCGUUGGUGUUGACCCAGAUUAUAGCUCUUGGGGUUUUCGGGAUCAAAGACUCUCCAGUUGCAUCCGGCUUUACUAUUCCCCUCGUUGUUUGCACACUUUUGUUCAGUGAAUAUUGCAGGCAGCGGUUUCUGCCUAUUUUUAAGAAAGCUUCUGCCCAGGUUCUGAUAGACAUGGAUAGAGAAGAUGAGAAUGGCGAUAGAUUCGAAGAGAUUUACGAUCGGUUACGUACAGCUUAUUGUCAGAUUCAAUUAACUUCACAUGAACUUAGACCGGGACGAGCAGGAACACGGGUAACUGAUGCGACGGAGGAUAUUCCGGGUUCUGGGGGUCCAAAAACAGGUUCGUUUCUCCGAGGAGUUCUACGCUGGGCUCGGUUUAUGUGUCCCUUGAGACGGGCAGAGUCGUAA